AUGUUUAAAGUAAGUGAAUGGGCUCAUUUUUCAUCCUAUGAAGUUGGUUUGAGAUCUAGAUCAGGUGUUUCGCAUAUUCUGGUUUUUGAGCGGAGAACAAAGAGAUUAGUGGAGGAAAUAAUUGAUGCUAAGAUUAUUUUGUCAAUAAGAGCCAUUUAUCAAUCUAAAUUAGGACUUGGCCUCAUGGAUAAAGGGGCAAAGGAACUCUUGCAGAGCAUCUCUGAAAAGCAGGUUUCGGAUAGGUUGAAUACCGUGAUACAUUUGACCCUUUGUUUUGAUGAGGCAACUGGAAACCAGGUUAUAACAGGAGGAUUCUUGACCGAUAAGCAGGCUGCAGAAUGUUAUAAUAAUAUGGAUGGUCCCCAUUCUGGUCCACCCCUACUAGCCGUCGACGGACAACCGCGCACAGCCGAGCAUCUCAGGCGGCGAUGCUAUGUUGCACUUCUUACAAUGCCCUCACUCUCUCCUCCGCCUCCAAUCCUCGCAUCUUCAUUCAGAAAAAUCCACAAAACCAAAUCAUCCAGCAAAAGCCUUAAGUAUCCUUGCGUGAUUCAAAAUUUUCUUGAUUUAGCAUCCCAAGGACAAAUUAAGGAAGCCAUUGAUUCUUUGCCUCUCUUAGCUCGCAAAGGCUUUCGUUUAAACUCGAAAAGCAUUGCCUUUCUUUUGAAGCAGUGUGCAAAUUUCAAAUCCAUUAAAGAAGGCAAAUGGUUACACCUUCAUUUGAAAUUAACGGGUUCAAAGCAACCUAGUACUUUCUUAUCCAACCACAUGAUCAAUAUGUAUGCCCAAUGUGGUGAUCAUGUUAAAGCCCGUCAGAUGUUUGAUAAAAUGAGUACAAGAAAUUUGUAUUCUUGGAACAAUAUGCUUUGUGGCUACGCAAAGUUGGGGAUGGUGAAGCCUGCAUUGAGGUUGUUUUAUAAAAUGCCUGAAAGAGAUGUUGUGAGUUGGAAUACGAUGGUGAUGGCAUACGUGCAGAGCGGGUGGUUUGAUGAUGCUUUGAGGUUUUAUAAAAUGUUGAGGAGGUUGGAUAUUGGGUUUAAUGAGUAUAGUUUUGCUGGGGUUGUGACGGUUUCUGUUAAGUUGAGGGAGUUGUGGCUUGCCUCGCAGUUGCAUUGUGAAGUUUUGAUUGUUGGAUUCUUGUCGAAUGUGGUUCUUUCAAGUUCUAUUGUCGAUGCAUAUGCAAAAUGUGGCCAGUUGGGGGAUGCUAGGAAGUUGUUUGAUGAGAUGGUAAGUGUGAAUGUGACAGAGAAAACCCCUCAUAGCUUGUAUUGA